CCUAUCCCAACCUGCCCUCACCUGUGCAGAUAUGCACCCGUCUGAUCCGUAUCCCAACCUGCCCUCACCUGUGCAGGUAUGCGCCCAUCUGACACCUUCCCCCACCUCAUCCUCCCCCAUGCAGGUAUGCACCCGUCUGAUCCCUAUCCCAACCUGCCCUCACCUGUGCAGAUAUGCACGCGUCUGAUCCCUAUCCCAACCUGCCCUCACCUGUGCAGGUAUGCACCUGUCAGAUCCCUAUCCCAACCUGCCCUCACCUGUGCAGGUGUGCGCCCAUCUCACACCUUCCUCCACCUCAUCCUCCCCCGUGCAAGUAUGCACCCGUCUGAUCCCUAUCCCAACCUGCCCUCACCUGUGCAGAUAUGCACCCGUCUGACCCCCACCCCGCCCUCACCUUUGCGGUAUGCACCACGUCCACCCCACCCCCUCUGCCCCAUCUCUGCUCUCACGUGGGCAAGUCUGUAG